UUCCAAGAGUUGUAGUGAGAGAAGGUGAAAAACAAUGCCGCGUUUGCUUCAUGGGACACUUUUGGCAACGAUAUGUGAGGUUGAUAGGCUAUACAAUGGAUGUGGGCUCCACUUAUUGUGGAAGUCACCUAAAAUCUUUGUAGCUCAAAUCAAGAAGUUGGUGCUGUGCGGGCCUAAACAGAUUGUUGGAUCCAAACUCUAUGCAACAGUUGAUCUAGAUAAGGCCAGGGUUGGCCGGACCAGAAUGGUAAACGAUCCCAACAAUCCCAAAUGGAGGGAAGACUUUCACAUCUACUGUGCUCAUAAUAUCUCACACCUUAUAUUCACUGUCAAAAGUAACGAUCUGAUUGGGGCAACUCUGAUUGGAAGAGCUUAUAUACCUGUUGAAGAAAUAAUCAAGGGUUAUGCGGUGGACAGAUGGGUUGAAAUAUUAGAUGAAGAUGGAAAUCCCAUCUAUGGAAAUUCUAGAAUUCAUGUCAAGUUGCAAUUUUCCAGUGUUAAAGAUGACUUCCAUUGGUCUCUGGGGAUUAAAAGUCCCAAGUAUGAUGGUGUUCCUUGGACAUUUUUCAAUCAAAGAGAGGGUUGCAGGGUUACACUAUACCAAGAUUCCCAUGUCCCGAACGAUUUUAUCAGUCACAUCCCCGCGUAUAAGCCCCAGAGAUGCUGGGAGGACAUCUUUGAUGCGAUCACUAAUGCAAGGCACUUCAUUUACAUAACCGGGUGGUCUGUGUACACUGAAAUAACCUUGUUAAGGGACCCGAGUAGGCGAAAAGAUGACAUUACACUAGGGGAGCUUCUUAAGAGGAAGGCAAAUGAGGGUGUUUCAGUUCUUUUGCUCGUUUGGGAUGACAGAACUUCUGUUGAGGAACUGAAGAAGGAUGGUUUGAUGACAACCCAUGAUCAAGGAACCGAAGAAUACUUUCUAAACACGAAAGUGCAUUGCUUCUUAUGCCCCCGGAACCCUGAUGUUGGAAAAAGCAUAAUUCAGGGUUUUCAGACUGCAACAAUGUUCACUCACCAUCAGAAGACAAUUGUAGUUGACAGUGAGAUGCCUGGUGGAGAAUCCCAAAAAAGAAGGAUUGUGAGUUUUGUUGGAGGUAUUGAUCUUUGUGAUGGAAGAUAUGAUACGCCAAAACAUCCCUUGUUUGCAACUCUAGACACAACUCACCAGAAGGAUUUCCAUCAGCCAAACUUUGCUGGCUCUUCGAUUAGGAAAGGCGGUCCAAGGGAGCCCUGGCAUGAUAUUCAUUGCAAACUGGAAGGGCCUGUUGCUUGGGAUGUCUUGUACAACUUUGAGCAGAGGUGGAAAAAGCAAGUUGGUGAAAGGUUCUUAAUUUCACUAGGCAAGCUUGAAGAAAUCACAGUUCACCCACUUAAAAAUACGUUCUCAAAUGACAAGGAGUCAUGGAAUGUUCAGUUGUUCAGAUCUAUUGACAAUGGGGCUGCUUUUGGCUUUCCUGAGAAACCUCUGGAAGCAACACAGCUGGGCCUUGUGAGUGGGAAGAAUAACAUCAUAGACAGAAGCAUUCAAGACGCAUAUAUCCACGCCAUUCGUCGUGCCAAAAACUUCAUUUACAUAGAGAAUCAGUACUUCCUUGGAAGCUCAUUUGGCUGGAAAUCAAAAGACAUUAAGGAUGAGGAUAUUAAUGCUUUGCAUCUUAUACCAAAGGAGCUCUCACUUAAGAUUGUUAGUAAAAUUGAAUCAGGGGAGAGGUUCACUGUCUACAUUGUUGUCCCAAUGUGGCCAGAAGGUAUACCUGAGAGUGCUUCUGUUCAAGCUAUAUUGGAUUGGCAAAGAAGGACAAUGGUGAUGAUGUAUACUGAUAUCUCUGAAGCCCUUCAGAGAAGGGGUUCAAAUGAACACCCCAAGGACUAUCUGACAUUCUUCUGCCUAGGCAACCGGCAAAUGGAGAAGGAUGGAGAAUAUAAACCUCCAGAGACUCCAGAGCCAGACACUGAUUAUAAAAGAGCUCAGCAGGCCCGGCGUUUCAUGAUUUACGUGCAUUCAAAAAUGAUGAUAGUUGAUGAUGAAUACAUAAUCAUUGGAUCUGCCAACAUAAACCAAAGGUCCAUGGAUGGAUCAAGGGACUCUGAGAUUGCUAUGGGGGCAUUCCAGCCUGAACAUUUAGCUACCACAGACCCAGCUAGGGGUCAAAUCUAUGCUUUCAGGUUAUCACUAUGGUUUGAGCACCUUAGAGUGCCUGACAACUCCUUCUUGCAUCCAGAAUCUUUGGAAUGUGUCCGAAGAGUAAAUCAGAUUGCCGAAAAACAAUGGGAUCUCUACUCAAGCGACACACUUCAUCAAGACCUUCCAGGUCACCUUCUUCGCUACCCUGUUGAAGUAAGCAAGACUGGAGAUCUAACAACACCGCCAGGCUUCGAACAUUUCCCCGAUACCAAGGCUCGAAUUUUUGGUAAUAAAUCUGAGUACCUUCCUCCAAUCCUCACAACCUAGCAGUUGUGUCUGCUCAAGAUGUGUUAUUACUAAAUGCCUAAUCUGGAUGUAAAUUCCUAUUAAUCAUUAACAACAUUGUUAAGUC